ACGCGUGUCAGUUUCUCUGUUACUGAAGAGCGUUUUUGGGUGGUGCUAAAUUGCAUGCCUGAUUUUAAAAUUUGUUAAGGCGUCAAAUUUUAUAAUAAAAUGUCUUGGCAAUCUUACGUAGACAACCAAAUUUGCGCCCAAGUUUCCUGUAGAUUAGCUGCAAUUGCAGGAUUGCAAGAUGGAGCGAUAUGGGCCAAAUUUGAAAAAGAUUCCAGCGUUACGCCGGUAACACAGGCAGAACUUAAAGUCAUUGCAGACACUAUGAGGACCAAUCCUGGUUCCUUCACAGAAUCUGGUAUCCAUCUCGGAGGUGAUAAAUAUUUCUGUUUGUCUGCAGAAAAUAACUUAAUUAGAGGCAGGAAAGGAAGUUCAGCUUUAUGUAUUGUUGCCACAAAUACCUGCCUCUUAGUAGCUGCAACUACCGAUGGAUUUCCACCAGGUCAACUCAACACAGUUGUUGAGAAACUAGGAGAUUAUCUUCGAUCCAAUAACUACUAGGUUUGAUCGUCAUUCACCCCCUUUGUGUCUGAAUCUUCCACUUCUGUGAAGACUCCAGCUUGUGGCAUUAUCCGUGUUGUUAGAGGAGGGAAUACAUAUCCUUUCUCCUGAACCCACAAGAAAAAUAAUAAUCUCCACCCAUGAAAUUGCUCUCACUUAUAAAUUUCUAAACUUUUUUCCAUUUUUGUACUUAAUUCUUUUUUAUAUACUACCUGCUUGCUUUCAGUACCGAGGAGCUAGUCACCAACUUAUGUUCCAAGUGGCCAUUUUUUUAACUGUAGUGGAGGUGGAUUAAAUUUCUUCUGUUUGUUCAAUCAAAUUGGAUGGGGGGUGAAAAGCAGGUAAUCUUUAUAGAGUGUGCUAUUUGUUUUUCCAAAAGUAAUUAGUGUUAGAAUGAAGCAUUGAAAUCAUACCUGUUUAGUAAAUAUAUUUGCAUUGCUAAUGGAAAAAAAUCAAUGUUUCUGUGUUAGUGUUUGCUGCAUUUUAUAUAGGUUUUGUCCAUGCGCAAGUCUUCAUACUCUCAGUUAUGAAUUUUGAUCACUGUUGUUUUUAUACUGCUGAAAAUAGAUUUGUUUCUUGAUUUAUUUUGAAAGACUUUAAAUUAUAUUCAAUGUUUUUGUGUGGAAGUAUCUUAAAUUUUUCAAAUGAAAUUGUUUUACAAUCAUGUUUUCUAGAAUUAUUGUAAUGAUUCAAUUGGCUUGCUGUUCAUUAAAAAUGUAACAUUCCAUUCCAAUGAAUUUUUACAGCUGUCUUGGCAUGUAUAUCAUUUAAGUCUUCAGUGGAUUCUGAUAAAUAUCCUUAAAACUGGCUUUUUGUAAAAUUGGUGCACCCGAUGGGUACCCAAAUAAAAUGUCAUUCCAA